GGAGCAGAGGGUGCAAGAGCUGCAGGUGCCCAUAAAAGAGGUCACCAAUGGAGGAGUGAGCCUGCUGCUGCUGCAUUCACACCACCAAAUUCAGAAAAGAUAAACUCCUUUCCAGCCUCACCAAAUUCUCUCUCUAUUAAACCACUAGCUUCAGGCUGUGCACUGCACUGCACACACACCAAGAAGCAGCACAGGGCAAAACAGAGCAUUGGAAAGCAAGAAGCAGAGAGUUCAUGAGAAGAAGAAGAAGCAGCAGCAAGCAAGCCACAGCAAUGGCCCCUGGUUGCCUCCUCCUCCUCCUCCCCCUGCUGCUGGCCUCCGCCGCGGCGAGCUGGGAGGAGGAAGAGGAUGCCGUGCUCGCCGUGGCGGCCAGGCUCCCCAGGCCGGCCGCGGUGUCGUUCCGGGACGGGUACACGCAGCUGUUCGGCGACUCCAACCUCGCGCUCCACGGCGACGGCAAGCGAGUCCGCAUCUCCCUCGACGAACGCACAGGCGCCGGAUUCGCGUCGCAGGAUGCGUACCUGCAAGGGUUCUUCAGCGCCAGCAUCAAGCUGCCGGCCGAUUACGCCGCCGGUGUCGUCGUCGCCUUCUAUAUGUCCAAUGGCGAUGUGUAUGAGAAGACGCAUGACGAGCUGGACUUCGAGUUCCUGGGGAACAUUAAGGGGAGAGAAUGGAGGGUGCAGACCAAUGUGUAUGGCAAUGGCAGCACAUCUGUUGGCAGGGAGGAGAGGUAUGGCCUGUGGUUCGAUCCGACGGAGGAUUUCCACCGUUAUGCCAUUCUUUGGAGCCAUGACCGGAUUGUAUUCUACAUUGAUGAGACUCCAAUCAGGGAGGUUCAGAGGACGAAAUCCAUGGGUGCUCAGUUCCCUUCCAAGCCAAUGUCACUGUACGCCACCAUCUGGGACGGCUCCAGCUGGGCUACCUCCGGUGGCCGGUACAAGGUGAACUACAAGUACGCCCCUUUCGUCGCGGAGUUUUCAGAGCUCAUGCUCCAUGGCUGCGCCGUCGACGCCUCGACCCGCGCACCGACGUGCUCGCCGGACAUUUCCAGCAUCCACGACGCCGUGGCCAUGUCCGGCAGGCAAAGAUCGGCGAUGGAGAGGUUCAGGACGAAGCACAUGACUUAUGGCUACUGCUAUGACCGUCUUCGGUACCCUACUCCUCCUUCAGAGUGCAAUGUCGGCACCGAGGCCGAGCUGUUCCUCCCUUCCGGCGAGGCGAGGGCCAUGGACCGCCGUGGCCGAGCUAGGCGCCACCGUCGUGGUCCGGCAGACUCGGCAUUCUGAUGAUGUGAAACAGCAUUGUGUGUUCUUGUGGCAGCUAUCAUUAUGAUCAUCACAAUUGGCUCAGUGUGUGUGUGUGCUUACCUUAAUUUUUGUGGCUGAUGUGUGUGAUGAUGCUAAUUAUGUGGGUAGUUUUGUGCUUUAAUUUAUAGGCAGCUUAGGUUUAUUUGCAUUUUGGUGAUGGUAGAAUAGAGUAGAUGGUUAGGCUAUUAUUAUAUUGAUUAAGAUUAGGAUUUGAUGGUAGUCUGUUGACUCUGUAGAAUGUUUGUGACAAUAAUGCAUGGUGCCCAAUGUUUGAAAUGCAUAUGUAUUAUGCAGUAGCAGUAGCUGUGGAGGGGCUUGCGAUUAAACACCGGUUACAUUUUUUGGCACCACAAACGCAUCCAGCUAGGCUGUGCAUAUGCUGCAGUUAGUUAGAGGGAAUAAAAGACAGUUUUACUAUAGAUCAUUAACUGUAGUAAUAUGAUUAUUUGAUUAGCCACCCAUGUCGAUGUUAACUUUGUAAUCCAAGUAAGCAUGUUGAUCUUGCAGCUGCAAUGAGGAACUGUGCCUAUUUAUAGGAUGUGAUGAUCAUGUGAAGUAGCAGAUGAAUUGUGACAAAAGGAUUUGAAAAUCUGAAUCGAAGUUAUGCCUGAAUUACCAUUUACAGAUACACAAGUCAAU